AGUCUCGCAAAAAGCCCCCGGCAAAAAAAAUGAUGUACAGGUCCGGAAGUACGUGCAGGCAGUUUAACUUCAGCGGUGAAUGGUAAACGGAAACCAGUAUCGAUGAGUAUCGUUGACGUUGCCACGAGGGGGAUGAUUGUAUAACGACUAUAGAUUGAAAGAAGAGUAGGAAGUCGAAAGGAGAGUUUUUUCCGGGCAAUGAAAUAAUGGCCCAUCGAUGCAGCCGUUAUACACCAUGUUUGACGGGCUAGUGAGCCUCUCCCCCUCCUCCCGGCUUCCAUCCAGAUCCAGGAAUUGCCUCCGCAAACAAACGCUGAAAAAGCCCUGGAAAAAAAAAAGUCAAACUGGUUACUCUAUCGAUAAAUGAUCAAUCAACUGGGCCACCUACAUGCACAACUUCCCAUAACGGCCGAAAGGAUUGACUGCGAAAGAGAGACAACAAAUUGUCGGCUCUGAGGGGGUGAAAGGGAGGGAUGUAUGCGCCCAGGGGGUGCCCAUAUGCAGGAACGCGAGCUGGAAUGGGUGGCAGAGGGGGCAAUAGACGAGGGUUGCAGAGGUAAAUGUAUGUGGAGGAAGGGCGAAAGGGGUUUGUGUUUGAGGGAGAAGGGGAGGCCUUUGCUGGUAGCCCGCAGAGUAUCGACCCGGCGCGUGUGCACGGAGGAGAAGCAAAGGCUCCUGCCAGGGCCGGAGAAGCUGCCUUCCGCAGUUUCCCCGGGUGAGACGAAGUGUCUCCAGUCUUUAAUGACAAUUCACAAUUCGACUUUUCAAAGAAUAUUUCAUGCUCACCGGUGUCUAUCCACCGAUGCCUAGGAUGGACCAACAACUUCAUUCCAACAUGUCUUCAGUGAUUAUCUGAUCCUCUCCACUAAUUGAUGACUCAUCACUGCAGGGCGAUGAUGAUCGGGAGAGGAGAAAGAGUUAUCAGAGCUCUGGAGGAGCUUCAUCGAUAAUUGAUACAUCUCAGGGAAUUGGAAAGUGGUGAUACAGGUGUCUCGGGGGGUGUGGCUACCGGCCAGGGGUACAAUAAUGGCGCUCCCUAUCCAGGAGGCCGGAGGAGAGUACGGUUGAUAACAAUGGAUAGCCUCCAGGCACUGGCGCACGAGAGAAUGGUUCAGCUGCUACCAGACAGGCGCAUCGCACAAAGCCAUUACAAUGGUCCAACCCUCUCUGCCCAUGCGUCGAUGCGCAAAACCGAGAUAUCCAUUGUUUCAAGUAAAUGGGCGGGACAACAAUUCCCCUCAAUGUGUAUCCAGUAUCAUUGUCUUCUCGUGUCUCUCCAUCGCUAUUUUCUUUAUUCUGUCCCACAGCAUUGGAUAAGGAUGAAUUGUCUUGAUGAAAUCCCCUCUCUCAAGUCUGUACAACUCACAUGUUUCCACAGCAAUGACAUUAGCCACUCGUUUCUCAUCGGCCAUCACUAAUGCUAUCUCCCCAAAAUGUGCACCAUCUUCUAGAUGACAUAUUUCACGUCCAGAAUCAGUAUAGACAGCGACUGUACCCGUUGCUAUGAAGUACAUGCAAUCACCAGUCUGUCCAGCUCGAACAAUCACAUCAUUCGUCAGAAAUAUCUCGGACUUCAGCUGGGCGACAAUUCUUGUCAACAGUGAGACUGGUAAAUUGUUGAAGAAUGUCACGUUCUCCACCAAUUUACGACAGGAGUGCAUUCCAAUCUCCAGCUUAACUUGCGAGGACAGGGUGUUGAGGAUCUCUGAUUCACGGAAAAAGUGCUGCUGAUAACGAAACUCGUAGUACGUGAGGAACCUCUUCUGGACGGUUCGCUCCAGAUGUUUGUGACGCAUGUACUGCUUCAACUGGGCCACUGUCGCCUGGUACCUGAGCUUCGAACUGUUGCCACCCUUGAACAUCAGCAUUACCUGGCUCACCACGUAGCAGAGGAUCAGGGUGCCCAGAAUCUGGAUGGCCAUGGCGAUGUACUGGUCCUCGUCGGCUACUGGUUCCUUCGAUAGAAAUCCUGAUCGCGUCAGAAUCGUGAUUGAUCUCAUGAGGGACAUCGUGUACUUCACCUGACUGUCCGUAUUCCAAAGCUGAUGGGUAUUGAUCCACGAUGAUGAUGUCUCCUCAGGAGAUUCAACUGUUGUCAACGAAAUUUUGGCAACUGGAACGAUCCAGCUGAUGCACGCCAGCCAGUGGACGCUUAUCCCGAAUAUUGGGAUGAAGGUGAAGAUCCCCGUCAGGCUCGGGGGUACGUCGUAGGUCUCUGCCACCCUCUUAACGUAGACCCUCGUUGAGAAUAUCCGGAAUAUGUGGAUCAUGCUGGAUAACUCCCUGGCCACCACCCAGUCCUUCCACGUGGUGAUGAAGAGCAAAUCGGUUGGUAGUGAUCCCAAAACAUCCGAAAUAAAUGUCCCAGUUAGGACGUACCUCUUAGCUAUCAUCCUUGGUCGCAUCUCCACUGUCCUUCGUGUCCUCGCAAAGUACCUGCGUUAUGCAUGGAGUUAUCAACUCUUAUUAUUUAUGUACAAGCCCUUGCUUAUUCACCCUGUCGAAAAAUUGAGGAGAACGUCGAUGCAGUCAAUGGCGAGUGAUACAUUUUUUAUAAACGUCCAGGAUGGGGUCGUCGACCUCGACAUAUCGAACGUCGCCUGGUGGGGAAUGCUGAGAAGACUCCCGACUAGGUUCAGGACCAUUAGGAAGUCCCACCAGUACCUGGAACAAUCAGUCAUCCACCGUUGAAUAUUCAUUCCCCCGGCGAUCUAGUUUAUAAUCACCUGAAGAUGCUGAAUGGGUGGAUGAUGGAUUUGUUGUCGUGCGUGUGGCGCCUGCAUUCAUAGAUGAUGGCACUCUGGUUUCUCAGGUACCGGAGAGCUCGGGGAUUCCUCGGCGAGGCCAUGAAAAUUUUACGAAGAGAUUUACCGAGCCGUUGGACGAGUGUGCGGUUUGGAAGGAAAAAAAUCUCCCUCGUUUUCAGGUCUAUUUGACACUCGUGCUGCACUCUCUGCAUGUUUCUAUGAUUUGGAGGCCGUGGGGAUUGGAUUCAGGGAUUGAGGACUACAGGUGACAUCUGUCUGAGUGAACUUCAUCAGUAGCUUCACUUGUUUCUCUCCUGGAAUUGAUAAGUGAGAGAUUUCUCUUGUGGACAAGAGGUUAUGUACCAUCGACGUUAGGGCGUCAUCUGCCAGAGUCAUAUGGGAACCACACAGUACACAGCGCCACGCAAUACCCCCCUGGCUUCCACAUUCUCCAGAGUACAAUCAGUCGAUUCAGUGUCAUUAAUUGAACAUACAAUGUCCAGAUCUCUUUGCAGUAAGAGAAUAUAAAAAAAAUAAAGAGAACGAGUCUCUACACGUUCCACCAGUUUAACAAGAAUUAUAAAUUGUCAGUGUCAUUUGAUUGUAGCAGGGGUGAGGAUUAGUGGAAUAUAAAAACUGAUGACAGUGAUCAAACAAUAAUAUCAAUGGAAGUAAUAUGAAUGGGAGAGGUAAAAUGUGUAAUUGUAUUUAAUACCCGGUCGAAUUGUUUAUCACAUGUUUUAUCGAAAAUAAACAGACAUGUGUGGCGCAUGGCAAUGGCUCGAUCAUGGCUAAAGUGUCUUGUUCUCCUGCUCACAGUAUUAAUCAUCAUCUUUCUUUACAUAUGUCUUCGUGGACAAGCAGUAGAGUCACAAUCACCAAAUUUCAUUAGUAUUAUUACCCCAAAAAUACCAGCAACCAAUACCUUCGAAUUCAAUAGGCCAGAAGCACUCAAGAAAAAUCUUGAGAUGCAGUGCGAUGCCCUACAUGUUGCCCUAGUUUGUGCGGGACACAGUGCAGCACAAUCUCUGGUAACAGUAGUCAAAUCAAUUAUUUUUCAUCGCUCAAGACCGAUGCAUUUCCACCUCCUAGUGGAUGAAAUAUCCAGGAAAUCUCUAGAAACUUUAUUUAUAACGUGGGACUUGCCACAAGUGAAUGUAUCAUUUUAUCCAGUGGAGCCCUGGAUUCCAAAGAUAUCAUGGAUUCCAAAUAAGCAUUAUUCAGGUGUCUACGGUCUAUUAAAGCUCAUUCUUCCCGAAGCACUGAGUGAGGAUUACGUUCUAGUUCUUGAUACAGACGUAACAGUUCUCACAGAUCUCUCAAGUCUCUGGGACACAUUCAAACAAUUCACCAGUCAACAGAUGUUGGGAUUAGCUGAGAACCAGAGUGACUGGUACAAAAAAACUCUUGCAUAUGGACAAAGUCCUUGGCCAGCUGUGGGCAGGGGCUACAACACCGGGAUUAUGUUGAUGAAUCUCCGAGCUUUGAGGAGAAAAAAAUUUCACCAUUUGUGGGUAAAUACGACGAACGAAGUGCUGAGGGAUAUUUCAAAUUUUACAAGUCUAGCUGAUCAGGAUGUUAUAAAUGCUGUUAUAAAAAAAUAUCCACAUAUUGUUUACACGUUGGACUGUGGAUGGAAUGUGCAGUUGAGUGAUCACACGUUGAGCGAAGAAUGCUACAGGAAUAUUGAGAUGAUUAAGAUCCUCCACUGGAAUUCUCCUCGGAAACAGGAAGUUAGGAACAAGCACUCCAGUGAUUUCAACCGAAUGCACCGUGCUUUCCUCGAAAUGGAUGGCAAUUUACUUCGUCGAAGAUUGUUUCAUUGCCAUCAGAUUGAAAUAUCUCCUUACGUAAAUCGCACGGACUCUUGUGGAAAAUUCACAAUGGCUUCAACAAUCGUUUAUAGGACACAUUUAUUCUUUUUGGAAUAUGAAUACAACAUUUACUCGGAUACGGAUAUUACUUUAGUCACUCAAUGCAGCGCUGACAGAAUCAGUUUGCUGGAUGAAUUGUGCAAACGUUGGCCAGGAACAAUCAGUAUUGCUGUGUACCUAACUGAUGCUGAACUCCAGUAUUUUCUCGAUUUUAUUGGAAAUUCCGAAGCACUGAGGGAGAGGAGAAAUAUUGGUUAUCAUAUAGUCUAUAAAGAGGGGGAGUAUUAUCCCGUGAAUUACCUGAGAAACAUCGCAAUAUCCCAGGUCUCGACGCCGUACAUAUUCCAAAUAGAUGUGGAUUUUCUCCCUCAAGUGGAUCUUUACGAGAAUCUGAUGUCGUAUAUUGUGAAAUUAAAUCUCACUGGCACGGAUAAAACCGCUUUAAUAGUUCCGGCUUUUGAGACCCAGCGUUACAGGUUUACGUUCCCGACUAAUAAAGACGAACUUCUCAAGUAUCUGAAUUAUGGGAUACUGUACACGUUUCGUUAUCAUGUUUGGACGAGGGGUCAUGCCGCCACAAAUUAUAGUUUUUGGAAGGUGGCAGUUGAUCCCUACGAAGUAACCUGGGAGCCGGAUUUUGAGCCUUACAUCGUAGUACCUAAAUCCACACCCCAAUAUGACCAGAGAUUUAUCGGCUUUGGGUGGAAUAAAGUCUCUUACGUCACCCAUUUAACAGCCCUGGGAUACAGAUACGUCGUACUGCCAAAUGCAUUCAUUAUUCAUCGACCUCACGGCCCCAGUGCUGAUAUUGGAAAAUUUAGAACAGAUCCAUUGUACCGCAGAGCUCCAAAAUAUUUUCAGAUGCCUAAAAAGGCUGAAGGAUAAAUUUGUUGAGGAGCUGAUCGGUAAUUACGGCCAGGAGGCAUUAGCGAGAAUCAAGAAAAUUACCAAAGAACAAUGAGAAGUCCAACUCAAUCCUGAGAAUAUUUUACGUCUUAGAAAAUAAUAAAAAUAAUUUUAUUUUUAAUAAAUACAGUGAUUUGUACAACAACGAAAUGCCAAAUCAAUUUUUUUACUGUUAUGUAAUAAAAAAAAGUGUAUUUUUUUGUGGAGACUUGUAAAAAGGGAUCGUGUAAAUAAAAAAGCCUAUAUCUUUUUCA